AUGAGCGAUAUUAGCUGCAACGACAACCUCUUGGAGUCGCUGAUCAACUUCUCGAUGGUGGACGAUGGAAUAUUCCGAUCCAGCUUCCCUCAACCUUCCAACUUCCCAUCCCUACUCGGAACCCUUAGUCUCCGGUCGGUUAUUUACCUCUGUCAGGAGCCCUACCCGGAGGAGAAUCUGGAGUUUCUUAGGUCCCAAGACAUUCAAUUGUUUCAGUUUGGAAUUGAGGGGAAGAAGGAGCCUUGUGUAUGUAAUAUUCCGAUAGAUACAAUCAUGGAGGUUCUGAAAGUGUUGAUCGAUGUGAGGAAUUUUCCGGUUCUGAUUCACUGCAAGCGCGGGAAGCACCGGACGGGUUGUCUGGUGGGUUGCCUGAGAAGAUUUCAGAACUGGUGUUUGUCUUCGGUGUUCGAGGAGUACCAGAGAUUUGCCGGAGCCAAAUCUCGGACGACGGGCUUGAGGUUUAUAGAGACAUUUGAUGUAAGUUGCUUGAGGGAGUGGGUUUGCAGCGACGGCUACCAGAGUCAAGGUUAUGCCAACUCCGGUCAGAGUAGGUUGUUGUAUAAAGAAGAGAAUUUGCAGAAGCCGAAUUAG